AUGGAGAAACAUGAAGAUGUUCAAUAUUGUUUUCAAGACAGAAACUCUUCUUGCAGAAAGGCUUUGCUAUCGUCAUCUAUCUACAUAACACUGUACAUCUUCUUCGCAUUGAUUUCAGCAGUUACAGUAUUUUUGAACCUACUGGUGAUCAUCUCCAUCUCUCACUUCAAGCAGCUCCACACUCCAACCAACCUGCUCAUCCUCUCUCUGGCUGUGUCAGAUCUCCUGGUGGGAGCGAUUGUGAUACCAGUAACGACUGUAGCAAUAUUGGAAUCAUGCUGGGGAUUUGGGAAAUAUUUCUGUGCUUUUCAUUUCUAUAUGGCUUUUUUAUGCACUUCUUUAUCUCUGGGCAAUUUGGUCUUGAUAUCAAUUGACCGCUAUGUUGCUGUGUGUGAUCCCUUAUUGUACCACUCUAAAAUAACAAUAACAAGAAUGAUGUGUUGUAUAUCCAUUACCUGGUGUUGUUGUAUCAUAUACCAGGCUGUUGUUAUAAAAAUAUGUAUAAAUGUACAGGUACCCAGUAGGUGUUUGAAAGAAUGUUUUACUGUAGAAGGGUCAAUCUGGGGUAAUAUAAUUGACAUUGUAAUUACAAUGGUUGUCCCAUGCUCUAUUAUUAUAACACUUUAUAUGAAAAUCUUUGUGGUGGCCACAUCACAGGCCAGAAAGGUAUUUUCAAAAGAGGCUAGUGUGUCUGGUGUUAAAACUGUACAGGCAAAUAAGUCUGAGAGGAAAGCAGCAAAAACUCUGUCUAUUGUUGUUUUCAACUAUCUCAUUUGUUGGAUUCCAUCUCUAUUUAUUUUAUUUUUUGUACACAUUUUUAUUGACAAUUUAUUAUCAUUGUUCAUCAGUUUUCUGCCACUUGUUAAUUCCUUAAUUAAUCCAAUAAUUUAUGCUUUCUUUUAUCCAUGGUUCAAAGUGACAGCUAAACAUAUUUUAACUCUGAAGUUAAGGCGUUCAUAG